AGCGAGGCUAUCUCCAACCAAGCGAGGCCAUCUCCAAUCAAACAAGAACACAACUUUAAAUCACAACAUUUAUUUAUAAAAGAAAGAAAAGACCACAAAAUUGAUCACCCAUUCUCACAUCUACCAUUCAUCUAACAUAAACUUAUUACGAAAACAAAUGAAAAUUUACAAUGAAAAAAACCCCACCUAUCAAUAAUCUCCAUACGCAGUUAGCUGCCACCUGAUGUCACUGUUCAUUGUCGUCAUCUUCAAUUUCAUUAAAUUCAUCAAUGAGUCAGAACAUCCAUGACAAGUCAUAGCAUGUUUGCAAAUGUGAUUAAGUUCUAGAUAUCACUUUGGACGAACCGCUAUCGUUCACUUUGCUGCAAUCCCAUGGUAGCUCUUGAUUGUAGUACAUCAGUAGAUUCCAUUGUUCUUGGGACUGAAUCCAAAGACUAUUCGUGAAUCCCCGUUGAAUAUACGGUUCAACAAUCCAUCACAUUGAUUCUCUCUCUCUCUCUCUUUCUCACACGCGCGCUCUCUCUCAUGCUCGCUCGCUCUUUCUCACGCGCUCACUCUCUCUUACGCGUGCGCUCAAUCUCUCUUUCUCAAACAAAAACAUUUUGUCUCUCGCACACACACACACACAGAUACACUCUCAUACACACACUCUCUCUCAUACACUCUCUCUCUUUCACAAGCAGUCUCUCUUUCGCGCACACACUUUCUCUCCCAUACACACGCGCACACUCUCUCAAUCGCACAUACUCUCAUAUGCUAACAUUCCCUCACAUGCGCACACUCUUCCACAAACGUACAUACUCAAUCUCUCUCACGCAUACACACACACUCUCUCACGCACGCACACACACUCUCUCAAGAACGAACAUACACUCUCACACACCCACACACUCUCUCACGCACUCAUACACACUCUCUCAUGGUGAAAAGACUGAUGGGGGAAAACGGUGUGUUUGAUUUAGUAACAGGGACAUAAAAAGGUGUGUUCGAGUACAACACAUUUUAUAAAAGUAAUCGGCAUCAGUGAUUGUUACAGUGUACACUAAAUCAUUUCCUUGGAUUUUGUUCUCAGCAGCAUAAUUCUGUUUAACUAUUUAUCAAAACAUUACUUGCAAACCUUGAUUCAUGCAGCACAAAUGUCCGCCAUCAGUCUUGAUUUAGUUAAACCGUCUGAUCUUCAUGGGAAGGUGUACUAUCACAGCGAUACUAGAACAACAGAAAAUGAUGCAGCCAUAUUUUCAUUUGAUGGCGAUAAAAAAGACAGCAGUCCAGGCUGGAUUGGUUUUAUGGCUGUGUCCGAAUUGCUAGAUUACAGAAAAUUCCAACAUGGGAAUAUGAUCGAAGAGGCUGUUGGAUAUAAAUUCAAAGAUGAGUUCAUUUGGAUUGGAACAACUAACAUAACAGUGGCAGAUGACAGAAACUUAAACGUUCCUGAUAUAGAGAUGUCGAUAUCGGAGUUCUCCAAUUACGAAAAAUUCGGAGAGGUAACCAGAAAAUUACGGAUGACUUUGGACCACAGUAUGAAUUCUACUGGCAGUGCCUAUGAUAUCAUGGUUAUCCUUUAUUUUUCCCCCGAGUUAGAGUACGUAAAAUACACACAGUAUCUUCAAAACGUGGUCAGGAAGCCAGAGACAUCAAUCAACAUAAAGGGGAGGAAAGUAAUAUUUAACAUUCCGAGAAUGUCAUUCGUACACUCUAGUAGAAUCUACUUCAAUGUCUCGUGUAAUGUGAACACAUCGGCAUUAGAGGAGGAGAGGCGUUUUAGAAUUGUUUAUGAAAUGGUGUACAGAGGCUGGAAUGACACAAAGGAUAGAAGCACACCUUUACAAGCUCUGACAUUUGUGGAAGGCGAGCCAAAGAAAGAGGAAAAGUUAAUAUGUCCUUGUCCAUGGAACGCCACACAGAAAUGCGUUUGUUGCAAACCAGGACAAUGUCUUUGUUACCAAACUAAGGACCCAGAAAUAUGUGGACCUUGUCAAAAACCCUGUGCCUGUGCUACUGAAAUCAUUGGGUACAGGAACUCCUCCAGGCUGUCGUACAGUGGUGUGACUAUUACCUGUGGUGAUCUGGAACCGGAAGGGAGGUAUUCAAGACACAGAGUUAUAAGCUGUCGCAAGGCGAUACAAGGACAGAAAACCCAAGAAUAUCUACCUGCCUUGGUAUCCAAAGUGCUCGGUCUGGAUGUGAAAACGAGGAAUCUUUAUGGUAUAACUAACAAUGGUAAAGGGUAUGUCCUGAGUGAAGAUGAGGGACUGUCCUGGGUGUCUAUUCCACAUAACAAUUUUAUAGAGAUCCAGGCAAGCACCACAUACCUCCCAGCGCACUUCAUGUAGAUCGAGAUGAGGAACAUGUAUUUGACCUUUAUGAACUAGAAGACUACCGGAUAGUAAAUUGUACUCUCAAAUAAUCAAUAUACACAAAACUUGUCCAAUU